AUGUACAACAAGACUCUCGUUCUCCGUGACCGAUUUGUUCAAAACCUCAUCGCAGCGAUUUCAUGGCUGUACCAAAGGACAAUUGUCGAUCUCAUCCUCCGACGGAAGCAUGUUGAGGCCUCCACGGACGGCCGGCAUAUCCCUUUGACCUUGGAUCAUGGCACACCUCUCAUCGACACCCGCCGGGGUCAUUCGUACAUAUCAAAUGAUAUUCCUGGUCUUUCCACGACCGGUUCUUUCACGACUAUCCUGCCGUUGAUGUUCUUCCUGCUGCUCACUAUGAUUAAGGAGGGUUUUGACGAUUAUCGCCGCUACCGCUUGGAUAAGGUGGAGAAUGCGAAUCUUGCAACUAUCCUGCGGAAAGAGGGCCUGCAUACUGGCAAAACGGUCAAGCAAUACCCUUGGGACAAGUGGAAUCCUUUCAGGACAAAGAAGGCUACCACCCCCUGGCCAGCUCCUGAUGAGGAGUUUGCUGGUCACCGCUGGGCACCAACUCGAUGGAGCGACAUCAAAGUCGGAGAUGUAUUACGAUUAUGCCGAGAUGAGCCUGUUCCGGCGGACAUAAUCUUGCUUCACAGCGAUGGAGAAAAUGGGCUGGCUUAUGUUGAGACGAUGGCCCUAGACGGCGAGACGAACCUCAAAAGCAGACAGGUGUGCCACGCUUUGGAAGGUUGCGGCACCAUUGCAGGCCUCGCCGCUUGCGGUGCCGAAUUCGUGGUCGAGGACCCGAACCCUGACCUAUACAGUUUCAACGGGCGGGUUACGGUCCAAGAGAAGACAUUACCACUCACCUUGAACGAGGUCAUAUACCGCGGGUGCAUCUUACGCAAUACGCCCUCCGCUGUUGGUCUGGUCAUCAACACUGGAGAAGAAUGCAAAAUCCGCAAAAACGCCAAUCGUCACCCGAAAGCCAAGAGGCCACAACUCGAGCGAAUCAACAACAAGAUCGUCGUGACACUAGCUAUCUAUGUCGUGGUCUUGUCCGUGGGCGUUUCCAUGGGCUAUGUCCAAUGGGAAAAAGACUACGAACAAUAUGCCUGGUACCUGAACCAGGCCAAAGUCCCCUUCUAUCAGAUCAUCAUCGCGUUCAUUAUCAUGUUCAACAACGUGGUACCUCUCGCACUCUACAUCACUCUUGAAAUUGUCAAGAUUGGUCAGCUCCUGAUGCUGAAUGGUGAUCUGGGCAUGUACGACGAGGAAUCGGAUACACCGGCUCGUUGCAACACGAACACCAUUCUUGAGAAUCUGGGCCAGAUUGGAUACAUCUUCUCCGACAAAACUGGGACCUUGACGGACAACGUCAUGAAGUUCCGUAAAAUCAGUGUAGCAGGGACUAUCUGGCUACAUGAGAUGGAUAUGGACGCUGACGACACCGGCGGCUCAGCGUCAACUGAGGAAACGACCAGCUCUGCCACUUCAGUUCUCAAGCCCGAGCCUGUCACCCUGGUGGUCCCUCAUGACCGACGUGAACCAGUCGAGAUUCCCAUCUCACCUACCAGGCCAUCCAUGGGGAGGCGUUCAUCCUCACAUUGGCGGUCGACGGGAAGACCUGACCACGUUCAGCCCGAGGUCAAUACUAGCGAUCUACUUGAGUAUAUCCAACUCAGGCCCCAUGCCUCUUUCACUAAGAAGGCCAAGGAGUAUCUGAUGGCCUUGGCCUUGUGUCACACUUGCUUGCCCGAAGAACGCGAUGGCAAGAUCGACUACCAAGCCUCGUCGCCUGACGAGCUAGCAUUGGUCAAAGCUGCUCAAGAACUGGGUUACGUGGUCGUCCAGCGCACCACGCAGUCAAUUACAUUGGCAAUCGACGAUGAGAAUGGCGAGGGUGAAAGGUCGACUUUCCAGAUCCUGGAUAUCAUUGAGUUCAGUAGUGCCCGUAAAAGAAUGUCCAUUGUUGUGCGCUAUCCGGAUGGACGCAUAGCGGUCAUCUGCAAGGGCGCGGAUUCUGCCAUUCUGCCCCGGCUGAAGACGGCGUCGCUUGCUUUGCAAAAGGCGUCGGAGGUGCGCAAGAGUGCCGAUCUCGAACACGAAAUGUAUCGACGCAGCGAACACCAAGUGCCUCGCAACAGCUUCGGUGGCCGGCACAGCUUGGCCAUUCGGCGAAACCCUGGCAUUUCCAUGGAUCACCAACGACCACAGCCCAACAGGAGCAAGUCUUUUGAUGUGAAGGGGCUUCUGCGUCCUUCAGACGAUCGACCUCGGAUUUCAAUAACAACAAGGACCGUCUCCCACGAUGGUCGCGACAGUCACCACGGCCAGUUCCUGGCGGCACCGACGCCAGCAAUGCUUGGCACACCGAAUCGUUUCGGUUUCCUGCAGGAUUCAGCGCCUCUCACUGAGUCCGAGGUCUUUACAAAGUGCUUCCAGCACCUCGAGGAAUUUGCUACUGAGGGCCUUCGAACUUUGCUCUACGCACAAAGAUUCAUCACAGAGGCUGAGUAUCGGGUAUGGAAGAAGCAGUGGGAUGACGCUUCUACCAGUCUCGUCGACCGUCAAGAACGAAUCGAAGAAGCAGGAGACGUGAUUGAGCAGGGUUUCGAUCUUGUCGGAGCCACAGCCAUUGAGGACAAGCUGCAAAAAGGUGUCCCAGAGACGAUCGACCGUCUUCGCAGGGCCAACAUCAAGAUAUGGAUGUUGACCGGAGACAAACGGGAGACUGCCAUCAACAUUGCCCAUUCUGCCAGGCUUUGUCGUCCUGGAUCGGAUGUAUACAUUCUGGACGUUGCGAAAGGAGACCUAGGCCAGCAGCUGGCUGCUUUAGACGAGGACCUACAAACCAGCACUGGCCACAGCGUCGUGGUCAUUGACGGCGCAACACUGGCGGCUGUCGAGGGCUCCAUGGAGUUGUCGGGGUCAUUCUACGCAGUGAUGAUCAUCGUCGACUCGGUCAUUUGCUGCAGGGCGUCGCCCGCGCAAAAGGCCCUGCUUGUCAAGACAGUCCGCAGUCGUCUUCGGGCCCUCAGCAGCAAGCAGAAGCGAGGACUGACGCUUGCCAUCGGCGACGGUGCCAAUGAUCUAGCUAUGAUCUCGGCCAGUCACGUCGGCGUUGGCAUCUCAGGCAAGGAGGGUCUUCAGGCCGCGCGUGUGGCUGACUUUUCGAUUGCGCAGUUCCGCUUCCUCCAGCGCCUGCUUCUUGUCCAUGGCCGAUGGAAUUACGUUCGGACCGCCAAGUUCAUUCUAUGCACCUUUUGGAAAGAAAUGUUCUUCUAUCUGCCAACAGCACAGUAUCAGCGCUACACAGGAUACACUGGCACAUCGCUCUACGAGGCUACGAGUCUGACGGUCUUCAAUACCUUGUUCACCAGUUUAGCCACAAUAUGCAUGGGUAUUUGGGAGCAAGACUUGCAGGCUGAGACUUUGUUGGCUGUUCCAGAGCUCUACAUUUACGGACAGCGCAAUAUGGGGUUGAACCUGGCAAAUUAUACGCGCUGGAUGUUCCACGCCGCCUGCCAAGGCGUUGCUUGCUGGUACGGGGUGUGGGCAGGCUACGGUUGGAUCGUGCCCAGCGGUCGUGAUAACACCCUCUACGCGUUGGGAAAUCUGGCCUUCACUGUUGGCGUCUUGUGGAUCAACUGGAAGUUAUUCAUAUUCGAAACGCACUACAAGACCUCCAUUGUCAUGGGCUCUUUCUUUGUUUCGACAGCCGGCUGGUUCGCCUGGAAUGGUUUUCUGGACGGCGUCUAUGCCCCGAAGCCUUCCGGGCCAUACGCCAUCCGAGACACCUUCACAAACACGUUUGGCCGGGAUCCUACUUGGUGGGGUACCUUGUUCAUCGUACUCGGCUUCCUCGGCUUGAUGGAUCUCGUUGUCAAGGUUGCCAAGAGAAAUCUGCGCGUUUCCGGUCUUUUACGCUGGCCGCCUUGGGGAGAGAAAAGCAAGGAGGACGAUGACGGCAUCGUCGCUGAUGAGCUCGACCUAGAGAUAUGGCAGGAGUUAGAGCAGGAUCCAGUCAUUUGGGAACAGUUGAAGAGGAUGGCCUGCGACGAAGAAGAGGAGUACGAGGACGAGAUCGUUCUCGACGUGGGUGCCGUACCAAGCACGCCGGAGACUAAUGCAUUUGUAGGGAAAAUACGAGGUAUGAUAUCCCGGAGGAAAUAA